AUGGUCCCCACAGCCUGGUGUGCUCUGGCAGUUCUCUGGCGCCUGGUUCCCUGCCGGUAAAUGCACUUGCGCUCCUGCUGGGUAUACAGGUUCUGGGCAUGGCUGCCCAACCAUCCUCGUCUUUCUGACCCGUUGUGGUGCUGUUUUUAGUAGUUAAAAUCCUGAUCAAAGGUUUGGUGUGAACCAGUGGAAGACCAAGGUUCGGGCCCGCCCGCACCAUCCACCUGCGCCCUUUCUUCCCCCCCCCGGUUUUCUUGACUCUCUUUUGACACCGGGCCCAGAUGGAGGAAGAUAAGAGGGUGCGGUAGAUGUUGCGCAAGGCUGCACUCGCUAAAACUAGCUCAUGCACAAGUCACCACGCCUGCUUCACCUGCACGCGGCGGACACAGUCGACAACGACGCUCGAACUGUUAGGGGCAAUUCCCAUCCUUGUAUAAAUCUUUCGAGAAUAUGAUAAAUAGCGUUUUAAAACAGGUCUAACGACCAGAUGUCUCCUUGACGAACGUCUGACCGAUGUUCGAACAGUUCCGGAAGAUUGCUAUGAGCACGACCUUGUGCAUAAGUAAGACAGCUGAAGGCCCUGAUCACAGGAACUGCCAUAAUUGCAGCUCUCGGUCGCCAUUUAUUGCUUAAGACAACAGACAGACGGGGAUGAAAAAGAGAAUCUAGUCUUACUGCUACCAUAACUCUACGUACGCCGACUCCUAAACCUUCUUUUCACAAGCGACGUAUUCAGAAGACACGGCGUUGUCCAACUGGCGCGUUCAUAUUGGUUGACAUCGGAGCACCUGUGUGGACUGACACUCCGCGGAUAGUCUGAACCGAAAGGUUACUCGUGACCGAGUGGCGCGUUAAGCACCGAUUCAGGCACGUGCUUGAUACGCCAGAAUGUUCCACGUCUCCCUCUCGUGCGUGAACGCCGAACACCCAGGCCGGCUUUACAGGAGUAGUUGGUGUCUUCACACCCUCCGGCUUGGUAAUCCGGUUACCGAAGUCUGACCGUCGGGGCGGUUAAGAUUGCAAUGACGACCGUAUACAACUGGGACAAUAGGGAGUCUUUGUAUGAGCCAACGUCGGCGGGAGUGGAUGGCUUGCCGUACCUAUAAGUAGUUCAAAGCAAGCCACCGUAGACCACCUUCUAUACACCCCAGCAGUAUUGUGGUCAUCAGGUGGGGCUACCAAACAACAUCUUACCUAAAUAUCUAAAUACGUGGUAAGUAAACUGGCGGUUAAAAACAGCCUCUGGGUGCAUUUAAAAGAACAGAAGUUCGAAAAGUCGAAUUGGCAAACACUUUUCUUCAGUAAUUCAUCAUCAGGCCACUGAAAUUACACGCAGAAUAGGCGUGAGUUUAUAAAUGUCUCAAGCGUUAUUCACACUGGUUCUCACAUCGCUAGCAUGAUGAGGUCGGUGGGCGAGGGUGGAGUUAGGGUGUGCGCGGUGUCAUGCACGCGAAGCACGAAUGACUGUCAUUCGGGGGUCGAGGUCAGAGUGCGAUCAAAACCUGGAGCCGACGUCGGCUACGGGAGAUAGAGCGCUUGGUCGUUUGCCAACAAAGCGCUGGACUCGAUAGCCGAAUAACCUCGAUAGCCUCGCCUGUUGCUAGCACCCGAUGUCAUAGGCUGUUGGGAUAGUUUGCUGGCGCCCGAUAGACUCAGUGAUUCGUGUCGAACAGAAUAGAACUUAGAAUCGAUAGGCUUUAGCCUCUACCGAAAACAUGCAUUUUCCAGUUGGAGAUUUCAGGCCUAAAAUGGGAAUAUUCGCAGAAAAUUGGUUCUUGGCCCCUGCUGACUGGCAACUGGGGUUGUUGUUUUUAAAACGACCUUCAAUCAAAUGCUUGUGAAUUCACACCUAGAAGGGUUUGGGGGUACUGUCGUCACUAGUCAACCCACAGGUCGGAAAGCAAAAUUUGAAUACGAUUGCUCUACCGACUGAGCUGCCUCCUCCCAUCCUGUUGAUUAGGAUUAUUUUAAAAAUACUAGAGAGAACUGUCUUGGUGUUAAUUUUUGGUUCACCAGAAGUAGACCUCUCAUGCCAAUGUGAGGGCAUUAAAUAGAGCAACCUCAAGGAAUCCAGCUAAGCUGAAAUGGUCUGCGAGAAGUCUUUCGGUACUCACGAAAAGGACAGAAGUGUUUCAGUCGUAAGUUGAGUGUGAUACAGGAAAGGAUAACGAUAGGGUAUAGGAAACCCAACUAACGUGAACUAGCCUGUUUACCGUGCCAUACGUUGACUGGUGAGAGAAGGGAUUUUACGGGUGGGGCAGUACACAGGACGGAGGGCAAGAGGACAUAGAAAAUCGACAAAUUUCUGCCGAAAGUCUUAUCGUACGCUGUUGUCUUACAAAGAAAGUGAACGCAACAAUAAAAAAUAAAAAAUUAAUUUGCAGAAAAUAACGGACUUCAAAUGAAGCGGCUCUUGUAAGUUUACAUUUAAUCAGGAAGAGAAGGAAAUAUCAAAUAAUGGGAACGGUGAAUAACAAGUGAUGUUUACAGUCACACAGAAUUCUAGAGUAUAUUUUUGAGUUGUCAACUUCUUGGGGUCCUACACCUUAUCAUUACCCAGGGGAAGUAACAAACAGUGAUUUUCUAGAGCAAAAAGGAAUAUUAAAGUGUUCUAGGACAUCCUUCAGCCAAUACAGAACGUGGCAAGUCCUAAUCAGAGCUGCACAACUAUACAGGUAGUAUCCUAGACGAGGAAGGACAAGGCGGAGAACGCAGUUCUCCUAGUGAGACCGUUCUGAAUGGAAAGUCAGGGUGCUGGACAUUUAGGAGGAAAUUGCGAGCAAUUACUUUUUUUCUCGACAUGCCUACAACCAUUUGUCUGAUUGCUUUUGGAUUCAAACAACUGUGUGUAGUCAGUCCGAGGUUGGGCAUAGGAAUAUGGACCGCAGCGUAUUCAAAGUGGCCUUUCCCCAAAUUCCAGGGGGGGGGGGCGAGUAAGGGCCAGAAGGGUGGGGGCUACGAGAGCUAAGGUUAAAGUUAGGACAGGGAAGUAGGUAUUCCCUGGAAUUUAACUUGAGAUCACACGUAAUACGUGCGAAUCGGUAUUUGCGCUCCUGACCCAGUUCGAGAUGGAAUAAUCAAGCGGUCUAAUUUUCAUCGUCUUCCCUACGAUUGGUGGAUCCUGCCUCAGUGGGUGAAAUAAAGUCAGCCAGUGAACGUUAAGGUGGUCAGCCGACGAGCACUUUCCCAUUGCAACUUGGGGUGGGGAGACCAUUUUGGCCUACUGAAUCUUUUCUUCGCCAUGUCUCGUGCUCUCCGGGACACUUCGGUGUUGAUUUUUGAAAUGGUACAAAGUGAACACCGUAGCCUUGAUCCCGAAAAUUUCUGCGCGUGACGAUACGUGCGUUAACAGUCCAUCCUGGAUGGAACAAAAAAGAUAACUUUUUACGUGGCGCCUUUGUGAGAUUUGGGCGCAGGCUAAGAGAUAAGUAAAAAUCCAGUCUCUGGCAUCCACUAAUCAGUGAGUAAACACGUUUUCCCAUGAAACUGAACUUCGCCAUAGCAUAGGAUGGUUUUCAGUCAUCGCAAGCAAGUUGACAAUAUGGGGUGAAUUUAAAGUUCAUAGAUCAGAAUCUUGCCAGCAGUAAAUUAAGAAGGAAUUUGCAGAAUCUGCCAGUCCUGGCACUUUCAUCCGAAUCGGGAAUCCAGGGCCUCUUGGCAGAACACGACUAUGGGGUUGUAACCACUCGUUCCGUCAAUCAUUGCACCCCACACUUCAGUGCGCAAGUAGCUUUAGAUAAUUAGGCCGCGAGACGAGUGACACACCUUACAAUUCCAAGUAGUUUUUUGCCAAGACCGAGCUGGGAGAAGUUGGCAACCUCACCAGAUAGAAAGCACAUUUUGUCAGCUGCGGGCUUUGCCGAAUGCCUAACGAUGAGCUGUUAACAAAACUGCCAGACAUCCGCGCUCGAGAACUUGCUCUUGAACAGCGGCCCAGAGGAAGCCUAGGCUCGCCUUGUGAGUCCGGAGGAAGCAAACGGCGACCAUCAGCCCAGCCGAUAGUCACGGCAUAGAGUUUCACAUCACACCUUGUCUGCCUUCCCAAAUGCGCUAAUUACUGUUUGGUUAUCUGGCCGGUGUUUUUACCCCCCCCCCUCUGCCAUCGAAACUGAGUGUUUUCGGUCUAUCCAGACAAGGGAUUUGUCACUGGCCUACGGCGCAGGGGGGCACUGUUGGUGAUGGUGCAUAUCACUGACGCUAAAGUACAUUCGGAGCUACCUGCCCUCUCAAAGGAGUAUGCUGGAAUAAGGGUUGUACUGAUCACACUUUCGCCACGUGCGACACUUCAAGCCAAGGCUGGAGGGGGGGGGAGCCAGUGCAGUGAGUUCGUGCUGUUGGCAGCCCCCCACAUGUGCAGUUCAACGGUGGCUGAACCCCUCGCACCCACCUUCACAUUGGUCUGCUGAUAAGUGCUUGACUUUUGAAGAUUGGCACAACUUUUUAUAGUCGCACUUGUUUCUGGUACCUGGCAUGGCCCUGCAAAACUUUCCUCCAGGGCUCUGGUGUAGGGAGCACGUGCUUAAACCGCCUCCUGACAGAUGGUGGUGGUGGCAAACCCUGCUUUCUCCAAAGUUUCCAGAGAACCUGCUGGCGACAAUGACCGUGUGAUUGACGGGUUGUCGGUACAGACGCUUAACAUCAAUCCCCUUAAUGCACAUGUUUUCAGACAAAAACGCCACGUCAGGGGGUGAUUUGCUCCUAUGGUACUCUCCUAAGCUAGCAACACGUGGAUUAGAUGUGGCAAAGCAGAUGCAAAAUGCAAUCGUGGCACUGCGUUUUAGAGAAAAUACGCAGCAAAAUGGACAUCCCCCCCGUUUUCCGGUCAAGCCAUUCUUAACAUAUGUUCGUUUGCCUGCCUACGAGGCCCUCGAGGGAGUCUGUAAACGCCUGGUUUUUGCCGCAUGCUGACCUGAAAUUUUGGUUUUUAUGAAUAUCAUCCUUAAAAAAGAAAUACAAGGAAACAAUAACCGUAGAGAAAGAGAAGAAGUACCGAUAAAAAUCUUGGAAGCACUAGCUAAGGUCUCAUUUCCAAUCCCUGGCCUCGAAGUAGGAAACAUAGUCCCCACCUAGACAUGUUUUUCAUGUCUGUAACAAAGAACGCCUCAGCUAGUGGGUUUUAGGAUGGCUGGCAUGAAUGUGAGAUCAGAUUGAAUAUUAUGGGCAGCUGCGAUCGUGGAAAUGGAUGGCCCCAUUACUUUUAUUUAGAAGUUCGAGUUUUCUGGCAUGUGCGCUUGGUUCAGUUACUCCUCUCCUGAAGGGCAAUUCAAUAAGAUUUGGCUGCAGUAUUCGAUUCAAAUACCCCUUGGCUCCCUCCUAAAAGACUUUUUACAGGAAGACAGGGGACAUUUUGAGGUUACAGGCCUGACUACCCUCAGCUGGGACUUUAUGGUGAUUCAAACUGUUAAAGACAUCUCCUUCCGUGAAGAUGGUCAGGCAUUCACUAAGCUGUUGCAAACUUGGUGGGGGAUUAAAUGACUUUCCGCGGUAUCUUUUCUUCGACUUCGUAAAAUUAUUUUUAACUGCUCUGCUCCAGGACUUUGGAGGAGGUCAGUUGGCACGUACCUUUCACUGUUGCCCAGGAACGGAAUUGCAGCCUUCCUUAUGAUGAUGAUGAUGAUGAUGAUGAUGAUGAUGAUGAUGAUGAUGAUGAUGAUGAUGAUGAUGAUGAUGAUGAUGAUGCCAGUUUGCUCGCCCAGCCUACUGCAACCGAUGGAAUCCACAAAUUUUGA